AUGUCUGAGAUAGAAAGGAUAGCGGUGAGGUGGUUAACCGCCAUUUCAACGCGGUGGCCCCUAUUGAGCCCAACACCGCUCGCCGACGGAGGUCUGUCUUCUUCAAAGCGUCGUCGCAUCUUCGUGAAGGAAACGCGGUGUAAAAUAGGGGCUAGGCGGCCCAUGUUCCUCGGCAAACGACCCAAAAAUGACCUCGUCCCGCGCGCCGUUUGCGUUUCACGACGUGUCAACCCCAAUAACAUUCCUAUCCACAGACAGAAGUCACUUCAAAAACCAAAUAAGUUGGUUAGUCACCAAGAAGCACUCAUAAAACCCAAGCUCACCACGUCCUCGCAGAACUCCAAAUCGCAUCGCUCGUUUUCAGAAACGUCUCGGAUACUAAUGAUCGUCUUGAGUGCCCAAAUGCCGAAGACGAAUACACCACUGCCGACGAAUAGUUGCAUGUCCAUCCUCAGUAGUCUUGGUCGCGCGGGGGAGGAGGAUAGGGGACGUGGAAUUGAGUCGUGGAAGGGUUCAAAUAUUAGGAGGAGGAAGAAGAAGACGAGCGGAAUUAGUUGGAAUGGGAACUACGCGCGCGAUCGGAAGCAGAACUGA